AACCCCAUGGGGAACAUAACGCGAGAACGCUCAGUUACCCCACGGACUAACGAGAAGACUCUCUGAGUGAGUAGUUCUCCAUUUAAGUAAUACACACUACCAUCGCCGAAGCAGUAGCCAUGAAUCCUCCUUCACCGCCUCUAUCAAUUGCCAAAAGGGCAGCCAACAUCUCAUGCGGCGCUGACCCACGAAUGCCCCCCGGCGCUUGGGAUUCACAUCUUCACAUCAUGGAUCCCGUGCGUUACCCUCCAGUCGAAGACAUUCCAUACAAGCCCGCUGUUCACAACCUCUGGGAGAAUGUAAUCUUUGAGAAUAGAAUUGGCUGCGAUCAUGUCUUCUUCGUUCAGACUGCAACACAUGGAUAUGAUUUGACUCUCAUGCUGGACUCUUUGCGUGCGGUAGGAAACGAACGGUCGCUGGGUCUUGCGCUGUUUGACCCAAAUACCACGUCGCAUGAGCAUAUUCGCAGAUGGGGUAGCGAGGGUGUUCGCGCCGUACGAGUCAAUCUCGUGACGCAUGGUGAUGACACGCCAAAUGAUGAGCUGAAGAGCCAGAUCAAGAAGUAUGUCGACCUCAUCAAACCUUUUGAUUGGGUUCUUCAGCUGUACACCAAGAUGGAGCGCAUUACCGAAUUGGAAGAUUUCUUGCCCACUCUCGGCGUGCGGGUUGUCUUUGAUCACUAUGGCGACCCAACUCUUCCUAAAUCAUCGGGUCCCGUGAACCCCUACGACAUUAAGGGCUUCCAAUCUUUGAUCCGCCUUUUGAAGACAGGGACAACAUGGGUCAAGAUCUCUGGCGCAUACCGCCUCAGCCAUGUUGAUUCUGAUAUCUGGGAGGAUCUUGACCCUGUCACGUUGGAGCUCUUUGAGCAAGCUCCAAAGCGAGUUGUCUUCGGGUCGGAUUGGCCUCAUACCCGAUUCGAAGGUUUAGAUGUUAAGCACUGGGUGUCUCAUCUACUGGAUUUGACCGAAGGAAAGCAAUGGCUGCGAGAGAGACUCUUCAGAGAUAAUGCUUUGGAGCUUUGGGGAGUGAAUAAGACGCAGAGUACUUGCAAUGGAGACAGAUGAUGCAUAGAAGGAUCAGGAAUUAGCUUAUGAGGCUGCUCACCAUAAUAAAACGAACUUUACAAGUAUAGAG